AUGGCGGACCCACUCUCGCUGCUGCGGGAGUUUGUCAGCACUGGGAAGGUUCAUGAGGUGGUGCUGGCGGGCGAUCGCGUGGAUUUCGGCGGCAAAUUCUCGUUCAGCAAGAAUGUGGCGACAGGAUACAAGUCGCAGCAGGGCAAGGGCAAGCUGUACGACCUGGAGACGCUGCUGUUCUUCUCCAAGCACAUCAACGAGAAGUUCACAGAGUACUUCAAGAAGGCGGGCAAGGAGAUCGGCAAGCAGGUCACCUUCCUGGACCGCAUGGACCUCCAAAACUACCUGACGGGCAAGUCUGACCGGUCAGAGUACAUCCAGCUGACGGUGCCCGACUUUGAGGUGGGACAGCCAGCCAAGCGGGCGCGGCUGGAGGCGGGCGGCGAGGCGGAGGCGGGGCCCGCGGCGGAGGCGGUGGAGGAGGGGGCGGAGGAUGCAGCGCUGCGCAGGAUCCGGGAGAGCGAGUUGCAGCUGCGGGACCGCAACAGCAUGCUGAGCGUGCCGGGGCGCAGCUUCGGCAAGGUGGGGACCAUCCUCACCCAGGCGCAGCUCGAGCAGCAGCACAAGAUGCAGCAGCAGGAGGAGCACCACAAGCAGGCAAAGCGCAAGCAUCAGGCGGCGGCCCAGCCGGUCAUCCCGGUGCGGCCAUCAGGGCGGUACGAGCGGCAGACGCAGCAGGAUGCCACGCUGAAGCAGAUGGGUGCUGCGGAGCUGGGGGUGCAGGUCGGCUUCAAGCCCGCCACCGCCGCCGCCGCCGCGGCAGGCAGCUUGGCCGUGGCGGCGCAGCAGGGCGCGCCGCCGCCGCCGCCCCCCGCCGCGGCCGCGCCGCGGCCGCCCUCGCAGCAGCAGCAGCAGCAGCAGCGGCAGCCGCGGCCCGGCGGCGGCGGCGGCAGCAGGGCGCAGCCGCAGCAGCCACGCCAGGCGCAGAAGCAGCGGGCGGCGCCGCGGCACGGCACCCCCAUCAUCAUGGUCCCCCCCGGCAUGACGUCACUGCUCAACAUGUACAAUGUGCGGCCCUUCCUGGAGGAGGGCCGCUUCUGCACCACAGACGAGGCCAAGGCCGAGAUGGCCAAGACCAAGGAUGGAGUGAAGAAGGAGGAGCGAGCCGCCAUCCAGCGCACCAUCGCCCGCAAGGCGCCCGUCAAGUAUUGGGUCACCGACAAGGAGCCCGCGCACAAGCAGGACUGGGACCGAGUGGUGGCGGUCAUCUGCCUGGGCAAGGCCUGGCAGUUCAAGAAGUGGCCCUUCAAGGGCGCCCAGAGCGGCGACCUGGUGGAGGCGUUCAGCCGCGUGCUGGGCGUGUAUGUGCACUACACGGAUGAGGCGGUGGAUGCCACGGUGAGGAGCUGGAACGUGAAGGUGCUGGGCAUCAACCGGCAGUCGCGCCACCGGGACGCCACCGUGGCGCAGGAGUUCUGGCGCAUGCUGGACGCGCACCUGCAGGCACGCAGCUCGCAGCUGCUCUACUGA